UUCGUCGUGACCUUUCACCCCAGCAUGGCUGCGCCCGUGGGACCCGUGAAGUUCUGGCGGCCCGGUACCGAAGGGCCAGGGGUCAGCAUUUCUGAAGAGAGACAAAGCCAGUCGGAAACCUCAGUGCCGACCAUUGUUUACAACCCUUAUGCUGCCCUUUCUAUAGAGCAGCAGCGGCAGAAGCUGCCGGUGUUCAAGCUUAGGAAUCACAUACUCUACUUGAUAGAAAACUAUCAGACAGUGGUGAUUGUUGGCGAAACGGGAUGUGGGAAGAGCACGCAGAUUCCUCAAUACCUCGCGGAAGCUGGCUGGACGGCCGAAGGGAGAGUUGUAGGUGUCACCCAGCCUCGCAGAGUAGCUGCUGUUUCUGUUGCAGGGAGAGUAGCCGAGGAAAGAGGGGCAGUGCUGGGCCAUGAGGUGGGCUACUGCAUCCGCUUCGAUGACUGCUCCGACCCACUGGCCACGAGAAUUAAGUUUCUGACAGAUGGAAUGCUGGUCAGGGAAAUGAUGGUUGACCCUUUGUUAACCAGAUACAGUGCCAUCAUGCUGGAUGAAGCCCACGAGAGGACCUUGUAUACAGACAUUGCCAUUGGCUUGUUAAAAAAGAUUCAGAAAAAAAGAGGGGAUCUUCGCUUGAUCGUGGCCUCAGCCACUCUGGAUGCAGAGAAAUUUCGAGAUUUCUUUAAUCAAAAUGAAACCAGUGAUCCGACCCGGGAUACAUGUGUGAUUCUGACAGUGGAAGGGCGGACCUUCCCAGUGGAUGUCUUUUAUCUGCAAAGUCCUGUUCCAGAUUAUAUCAAAUCAACUGUGGAAACAGUGGUGAAAAUUCAUCAGACCGAGGGCGAUGGAGACAUAUUAGCAUUUCUCACUGGCCAGGAGGAGGUGGAGACCGUGGUCUCCAUGCUGGUCGAGCAGGCCCGUGCCCUGGCUCGCACUGGGAUGAAGAGACACCUGCGGGUUCUGCCCAUGUACGCAGGACUGCCUGCCUUUGAACAAAUGAAAGUGUUUGAACGAGUCCCCCGCACCGUCAGGAAGGUAAUAGUGGCUACCAACGUGGCAGAAACCUCCAUCACAAUCAGCGGGAUCGUGUACGUCAUCGACUGUGGCUUCGUGAAGCUCCGCGCCUACAACCCCAGGACUGCUAUUGAGUGCUUGGUGGUGGUCCCCGUGUCCCAGGCCUCUGCCAACCAGCGAGCGGGGCGUGGCGGUCGGAACCGCUCCGGCAAGUGUUACCGACUCUAUACAGAGGAAGCCUUUGACAAGUUGCCUCAGUCCACCGUUCCCGAGAUGCAGCGCAGCAACCUGGCGCCUGUCAUCCUGCAGCUGAAGGCGCUGGGAAUUGACAACGUCCUCAGGUUCCACUUCAUGUCGCCGCCCCCAGCACAGUCGAUGGUCCAAGCCUUGGAAUUGCUCUAUGCUCUGGGAGGUCUGGACAAAGACUGCCGCCUGACCGAACCACUUGGCAUGAGGAUAGCAGAGUUUCCUUUGAACCCCAUGUUUGCAAAGAUGCUGCUUGAAUCAGGCAAUUUUGGCUGUUCCCAGGAAAUCCUCAGCAUUGCGGCCAUGAUGCAGAUCCAGAAUAUCUUCGUGGUCCCUCCGAACCAGAAGUCCCACGCGAUUCGAGUACACCGUAAAUUUGCUGUAGAGGAGGGGGACCAUCUCACGAUGCUCAACGUGUACGAAGCAUUCAUCAAACACAAUAAGAACUCUCAGUGGUGCCAGGAGCAUUUCCUGAAUUACAAAGGUCUGGUCAGAGCUGCGACGGUGAGAGAACAGUUGAAGAAGCUUCUUGUCAAGUUCCAGGUGCCCAAGAAAUCGAGUGAAGGUGAUCCGGAUCCGGUUCUGAGGUGCAUCGUUGCGGGAUUCUUUGCAAAUGCUGCGAGGCUUCAUUCUUCUGGCGCUUACAGGACCAUCCGUGACGACCAUGAACUGCACAUCCACCCUGCGUCAGUCCUCUAUGCAGAGAAGCCGCCUCGCUGGGUCAUAUACAAUGAAGUUAUCCAGACGUCCAAGUAUUACAUGAGGGAUGUGACAGCUAUUGAGUCGGUUUGGCUGUUGGAGCUGGCUCCGCACUUUUACCAACAAGGAACGCACCUAUCCCUGAAAGCCAAAAGGGCCAAAGUCCAGGACUUGUGA